UUGGUUAUGGCGGACGACGCGGGAAGGAUUUCGAGCCUCCUUGCCGUGUUUGACGGUGGAGAUCUCAAACAGUUGUAGGGGGUGAUUCCGUCCUGGUCUGGACUUUUAUUUUAAACCAGGCCUGCCCAGGCCUUGCUGGCGGCCAUGGAGCUUCAACAAGUGCUAGAGGCUACUCUUGCAGCCGAUAAAGCGCAGCUCGAACAAGCUCAGGCAUAUCUGGAGCAGGCGUCCCAAACCAAUCUGCCUGCAUUUCUCGAUGCUCUCAGCGAUGCAUUGCUCAACACAAGCAGUCCGGCUACAGUGCGGAUGGCAGCAGGUCUUCAGCUGAAGAACCAGCUGACAUCGAAGGAUGACAGUAUCAAGGAGCAGUAUCAGAACAGAUGGCGAAUGCUACCGCCCAAUGUACGGGUGGCAGUCAAAUCAAAGGUAUUUCAAACCCUAGGAACGGAGACCACACCGUCCAGUGCGGCGCAGUGCGUCGCCUACAUUGCUGCAGCCGAACUUCCUCACAGCGAAUGGCCCGAGUUAGUAGAAGCCUUGCUCGCCAAUGUGACUACUGCCACUCACCCAGAAGCAGUGAAAGAGGCCACCCUGGAGGCCAUCGGCUAUAUAUGUGAGGAAAUCAACCCCCAGAUCCUGCGUGCCCAGGCCAACGAGAUUUUAACCUGCAUCAUCCAGGGCAUGCGCAAGGAAGAACCCAGUAUCCGAGUCCGGUUAGCGGCGACCAAGGCCUUGCUCAACUCAUUAGAAUUUACCAAAGCCAACUUUGACAAUGAAAGCGAGCGCGAUUUCAUCAUGCAGACUGUUUGUGAGACAACCCAAGCGGACCACAAGCAGAUCCAGAUUGCCGCGCUGCAGGUCCUCGUCAAGGUCAUUCAGCUAUAUUACGUGCACAUGCAGAAGUACAUGGGCCCGGCGUUAUUCGGCAUCACUGUUGAGGCGAUGAAGAACACUGAAGAUGACAUUGCGCUACAGGGCGUGGAGUUCUGGACAACCGUUUGCGACUUGGAAAUGGACAUUGCUGUAGAGGUAGCAGAGGCGGAAGACACGGGCAGACCGAUUGCUAGAGAAUCUCGGCACUUUGCCCGGGGUGCUCUGCAGUACCUUGCUCCUAUGCUGCUUAUGCGUCUGGCACAGCAAGAGGAGUGGGAUGAUGAGGACGACUGGAAUCCGUGCAAAGCAGCGUCGGUGUGUCUGCAGUGCCUGGCCACUUGCUGUGAAGAUGAAAUCAUUAACUGCACGCUGCCAUUCAUCCGGGAGCAGAUAUCCAGUCCGCAGUGGAACUACCGUGACGCCGCCGUCAUGGCAUUUGGUUGUAUCUUGGAAGGGCCCGACGGUAACCUGCUGUCACCGAUUGUGUCGCAGGCUAUGGGUGUGCUGCUGGAACGUCUUGCUGACCCCAGUGUUGUUGUCAGGGACACAGCAGCAUGGGCAGUGGGUCGCGUGUGCGAGUUCCACCCGGACGCCGUGCUUUUCCAGAGCAGCUUCCCGCAGCUCCUGGAGGGACUGAUGGCCGGUCUGAGUGCCGAGCCGCGUGUUGCCUGCAACUGCGCCUGGGCGUUCACCGCUCUAGCAGAAGCUGCGUACCUCAAGGCUGACAUUCCUGAGGGACAAUUGGAACCAGCUACGUACCCACUAUCCACCAUGUUCCCCGCCAUCCUGGAGAAGUUACUGGCAACGACUGACCGCACAGACACGAGCAGUGGUAACCUGCGAUCAGCAGCGUACGAGGCGAUCAUGGAGCUGAUCAAGAACAGUCCAAGAGAUUGCUAUGAGAUUGUGCAGAAGACCACACUGGUAAUCCUUGAACGCAUCCAACAGCUAUUGAGCAUGGCACCUAAUGUAACGUCUGCUGACCGCAGCCAGUUCAACGACAUCCAGUCCUUGCUGUGCGCAUCCUUGCAGAGUGUAUUGAGGCGUGUCAGCCAAGCGGACGCACUUGUGAUUGGUGACAAUGUCUUCCAAGCUUUGGCUGCCAUGCUACAGACGUCUACAACGGGUGGCGUGCAGGAGGAUGCGUUGAUGGCCCUCGGUUCUCUUAUUGAGCUUCUUGGCGAAGCGUUCAUGAAGUAUUUCCAGGAAUUCCAGCCAUUCCUGUUCACAGGUCUUAGCGCAAGAGCGGAGCAUUAUCAGGUUUGUUUUGCAGCUGUCGGCUUGGUAGGUGACCUGUGCAGAUCCAUUGGCCGUGCCGCAAUUGCGCCCAUUGCCGACGUUCUCAUGGAGGCCUUGCUGGGCGCUCUACAAGACAACAACCUCCAUCGUAGCAUCAAGCCGCAGAUCUUCAGCGUGUUUGGUGAUAUUGCGCUGGCAGUCGGGCCCCACUUUGCAAAAUACUUGGAUGUGGUGGUCACUGUGAUGGAGCAAGCCGGAGGGUUUACGGUUGACCGUGGUGAUUUGGACAUGGUUGACUAUCUCAUUGAGCUUCGUGAAAGCUUACUGGAAGGCUACACUGGUAUCAUCCAGGGCCUGAACAGCGAAGCAGAAAACGGAAAGGUGAGCCUGGAGGUGCAGGCACUGUCAAAGUCUGUGCCCGGCAUGAUUCAGUUCAUGGAGGUUUGCGCAGUAGAUGAGGAACGCACAGACAGCUCGGUUGCCACUGCGUGCGGUCUGCUCGGUGAUCUGUGCAAGGUCUUUGGUGAUGCCGUAGCACCGUUGGUCAAUAAGCCAGCCAUCUCUGCCAUGCUCUCUGAGGGCAGGCGCUCUAAGGUGACCAAGACACGCACGCUGGCAAGCUGGGCGUCCAGGGAGAUGCGUCAGUUAAAACUUGGCCAUUGAGCUUCCCUCCACCUGGAGGCGGCAGCAGCAGGUAUGAUAGGCCACAGCCCUGUAUUUAAGUGACUUUCUGUUUGACCUCGUCUGCCUGCCCGGGUUCUCUACUGUAUCCUCCCAGUGUCUGUUUGGAUGUGCCUUCCAUCAGCUGCAGCUCAUUUUUUCUCCCGUAGCUUCUUGCUCUGUUGACAGUCCUUUGCCUCUCACUUCUGUUUCCUGUCGCUGUAUUUUUUUGAUCUGCUGUGGGCAUCGCAUACCAAAGACACAUGCAAGUUUGGGCUAACAUGUUUCAUCUGGAUGUUUCUUAAUGGUCCUACCUACUUGUUCAGAUCUAUUUUCUUAGUGAUAACUUUGCCGGUUGUGCAAUAUCGACCAGCUGCUCUCUGGGGGUGGUUCUAUCCUGCUUUUCUCGCUUGUAGAUUUUUUAUUGACUUCAUCCUUUAAGAUUUUUUUGUAAUGGUGUUCAGGCCCAUGCCUGGGUUCGCUGUCCUCCUUGCAUUUCGGAAUGCCCGCCGCCAUCUCUGCACAUACGUUAUUAUUCUUUCCAUCCAGACAAGACGGCUACGAGUUCUCCUGUUCUCAUUCUCAUUGCUUUGCUUGACGCUCGACUGCUACGCUACCAACGCUACCCUAUUGUUUUCAUCAUGUACCCUUACUUGCAUUUCCGUGAACUACUGACCCCGUUCCACAAUACUUGUUUGAUGCAUACAUGUACAUGUUGUGCUGUUCUUUGUCAUUAAAAAAAAUUCUGGCAGCAGGUUGCCUUCUCAGUUUUUGCUGGGUUCACAUAAUUGUUUCUCUUUUCUUGGCUUUUUUGUUUGGUGUGGAUGUGUACCCUGCCACUUUCGAUCAUGUUCUGUCCGUUUUUAUGGCUGCUUUGUGGCUGUUGCUUCAAUGUCCGAUAAACGUUAUUAUUGUUUUUGUUGUUGUUUGCUUGAUUGCAAUUUGUUUUCCUUGACCAAUGGCUGUUCUCUCUCUCUC